AUGCUGUUUGAUGAAAAGAAUCUUCAGUCUUCGCUCACCUCUACAGAAUAUUCAUUCGACAAUAACUUGUGGAUGUUGAAGGAUUCUAAUGCGAAGAAUAAGCACUUUAAUUUUGAAACAUUGUCUAAAAAAUUUGAAAGGCUGAUAUCUAGCUUACGCAAUACAGAGGAAUCUGAUCUGGAGGUUGAUGAGGGGCCUAAAAUUGACAAACUCAAGACUCCAGAGGUAUCAGUCCUCCCGACAGAGCAGAAGUGGCCAUUUCUUCUUCGCUUUCCCAUAUCCUCUUUCGGUAUGUGCCUUGGAGUAAGCAGUCAAGCCAUUCUAUGGAAAACUGUCUGCUCCAAAUAUUUCUUCCCAACAUUACAUGCAUGCUUGGCGAUAAACCUCAUUCUUUGGUGCAUCUCUCUUGUAUUGAUAGUUACUAUGUCCAUCAUCUAUUCGCUGAAGCUAAUAUUUUACUUUGAAUCUGUUCGAAGAGAGUAUUACCACCCGAAUAGGGUCAACUUUUUCUUUGCUCCAUGGAUAGCUUUCCUCUUCUUAGCUCUUGGUUUGCCCCCGGUUGUUGGUGAAAAGCUCAGUCCUGCUCUUUGGUAUGUGCUUAUGGCUCCAAUCUUUUGUCUUGAGCUCAAGAUUUAUGGCCAAUGGAUGUCUGGUGGAAAACGUAGGCUGUCGAAGGUGGCUAAUCCUUCAAAUCAUUUAUCAAUCGUGGGGAAUUUUGUUGGCGCUUUGCUAGGUGCACAUAUGGGGCUUAAAGAGGGGCCUGUUUUCUUCUUUGCUAUUGGGUUGGCUCACUACAUUGUACUGUUUGUGACUCUGUAUCAGAGACUUCCGACAAAUGAAACGCUGCCCAAAGAUCUUCAUCCAGUAUUCUUUUUGUUUGUUGCAGCACCGAGUGUUGCUUGUAUCGCAUGGGAAGAGAUUUCUGGCGACUUUGGUUAUGGGUCGAGAAUAGCUUAUUUAGUUGCACUAUUCCUCUAUGCUUCACUUGCUGUAAGAGUUAAUUUCUUCACAGGGUUCAGGUUUUCGCUAUCAUGGUGGGCAUAUACUUUCCCAGUGACGGGGGCUUCAAUUGCAACUUUUAGAUAUUCGACAAAUGUCACAAAUGUGUUCACUAAAUCACUUUCUUUCGGUCUCUCUGCCAUCUCUGCCUUAACAGUGAUGGCUCUUCUUACUGCAGCUAUCAUCGACGCCUUUGUCCUCCACAAUCUCUUUCCAAAUGAUAUUCUUGCCAUUUCCAUUACAGAGAAGAGACCUAAGUCAAAUGAGAAGAACAGAUACCUGAAAGCAGCUAUCUCAUUGGUCAAAGAGAAGAAAUUUUUGUCGAAAGAUAUGUUACCCAUGAUUGAUUUGUUGAAUUCAGCCUAUUAA